AUGGCUGAAGAAACAAAAUCUGAUGCAAAGAGACCUAUAUCGGAUGCUGAGAGAUUGGAGUUAUGUCAAAAGCUUGAUCAAGAGCUUGAUGAUUUUAUAAAUAGCUUAGAAAGAAAACGAUAUACGGAAGGAUGGCAAGAAGACCGAUGGGAGGAAGAAAUGGACAAGCAUCCUUUCUUUAUGAAAUCCAAUCCAAAUGCAGAUGAAAUUUCACCACUAGCAGAAGGCCUAGCAAAACUUAAAUAUGACCCUGAAGAAAACACUCCACUUGAAUUGGCAACAAGUUACAAAGAAGAUGGCAACUUUAAUUUUAAGCAUAAAAAUUAUCGGUUAGCAAUUCUAGGGUACACAGAGGGAAUAAAAGUGAGGUGUGAUGAUGCAGAAAUAAACGCAAGUCUGUAUAACAAUCGAGCUGCCUCACAUUGGCACUUAAAGAACUAUAGAUCAGCACUUUUCGACAGUGAGAAGGCAUUAUCAUUCAAUGCAAACCACGCAAAAGCGAGACUACGGGCUGCUAAAUCGGCAUUUGAAGUAGCCAAGUAUGACACAUGCAUAGAGCACUGUCAGAAAUUGCUAGAAACGCAGUCAAAGGACAAGGACGUUGUCGAAUUACUUAACACGGCAAAAAAGAAAAAGAUGAUUAAGGAACGCGACGAGAGAAAAAAGAACAGAAUCCACCUAAAGAAGAACGAGGAAAAGGAAAUGGUUGUUAAAGCUAUAAUUGAGCGUGGGAUAAAGAUAUCUAAUUGUGACGAUGCUGACGAUAUAGACUUGUCGAAAUUGGAGCCAUGUUUGCCGGGAGCGGAGAAUUCUAUAGUCCACAUUGAGGAUGGUAUUCUAAAAUGGCCCGUAUUGUUUCUGUACCCCGAAUACCAGAUGACUGACUUUGUCAAGGCAUGCCCUGAAAACGUUCCGUUAACGAACCAAUUAGAGCAGCUUUUCCCCGCGCCUUGGGAUGAGAACGAUAAAUAUAAAUGCAGCACUGUCAAUAUAUACUUCGAGGGGUACGACAAAAUGCCCCACGUGGUUAAUCCAUCUAAAAACUUGGGCGAGCUGUUGCUGACGAAAUAUUUCGAACUAAAGGCGGGAACGCCGGCAUUUUUCGUUCUACCGCGUGGUAGUGUAAUCGAAAGUAGGUUCUUGGAAAGUUAUUUG